UCUCUAUCUUCUCUGUUCAACGAUUGAUUCAUUCACUACCUUUCUUGUCUGCGUGGAGAUAAUUACACUUUGAUCCUUCUCUAAUGGCCACCAAAGUUUACAUUGUGUACUACUCCACUUAUGGGCAUGUUGAGAAGCUGGCACAUGAGAUUAAGAAGGGAGCAGACUCUGUUGAAGGUGUAGAGGCCAAGCUCUUUCAGGUACCGGAAACACUUUCUGACGAGGUUCUUGCGAAACUGGGAGGCCCACCAAAGAGUGAUGUCCCAAUCAUAUCCCCUCACGACCUCCCGGAAGCCGAUGGCUUCGUCUUUGGCUUCCCCACAAGGUUUGGGAUGAUGGCUGCACAAUUCAAGGCCUUUCUUGACGCAACCGGUGGCCUUUGGAGGACCCAGGCUUUAGCUGGCAAGCCCGCCGGUCUCUUCUACAGCACCGGAUCUCAGGGAGGUGGCCAAGAGACUACCGCGCUAACAGCAAUAACACAGUUGGUUCACCACGGGAUGAUCUUCGUGCCAAUCGGGUACACUUUUGGAGCGGGCAUGUUUGAAAUGGAAAAGGUGAAGGGCGGGAGCCCUUACGGUGCAGGGACAUAUGCAGGGGAUGGGUCCCGCCAGCCGAGCGAUGUCGAGCUCGAACUAGCCUUCCACCAGGGGAAAUACAUUGCUGCCAUCACAAAGAAGCUUAAAGCUGGUUCUUCAUCCUAAGCCAUAACUCUCUCUCUAUAAAUAUAAAUUUACACUAUACUUUGCAAUAUUUCAAAGAAUAAGAAGCAUGCCCAUAUACCCAUACACUUUUUUUAUUUCAUAGAAGUAAAUUGUUUUGUUUUGU